AAUAAUAACAAAAUUACAUUUCGAAAACAAAUUAAAGAAAAAUCGUAAAAACUCGAAUGACGAAGAAUGUUUUCCGAUCAAUAAUGAAGUGUAGGGGUUGAACCUAGAUUUAGAUUUGGUGCGGGGAAAACUUUAUGUUUAGUUCUAAAGCUAGUUAGCUCCGCAGUAUUGUUUAGGUCACGGAAUAUGCCGGAGUUAUUUUUUAUCAAGGUUUAAGGCUAGGCUGGAGAAUAAGGAAAUACAAAAUGGAAGGUAGAAGAUCUAGUAGGUCUAGUAGUCCAGAUCUAGAUACUCCAACCUUCUCCUACUAUUCAGAAGAACCAACUCCCAGGAAACCUGCAGCUCAAACCUUUUCAUCUUUCGUAUUUUGUGCACAAGCUUCUCUAAAAUGGAAAACAGCCAUGAUGACAAAAAGACUAAAGCGUCGAAUGCCUGUACUAAGGGACGAGGACGUUAGAUACCUCUUGAAGAACACAAACUACAAGGAGGCAGAGAUCAGAGAGUGGUUCAGGGAGUUCAUCAUGGAUUGCCCGGAUGGUAUUCUAACACGAGAAAAGGUUAUGCAGAUGUUGGAACCAAUUCUGCCAAAGGAUAUCGCAAACACUGUGACGGGGUUGAUAUUCUCCCAGUUUGACAAGGACGGGAAUGGUUGGAUUGACUUCAAUGAGUUCAUCAUUGCAACCUACUGCACGGCUAAUUCUUCUCCAGCUGAUAAAUUACACUGGGUCUUUCAAAUGUACGACAAGGAUGCGUCAGAAACAAUUCAGCUCAGAGAAAUGAUUGAGGUUUUUGGUACACUGUACAUGAACGAAGGACUGGAUAAACAACUAGCCGUAGACCGUGCUNUUACAUUUUUACAAGUUUUACAAAUUAAUUGUCCUAAAAAGAUGUCUUUUUAA